AUGCGCCAGCAGAAAUUGGCGCUCGGCCGCGCCGCCGACGCGGCGCGGGACGCGGCGGAGAGCGCCGCGGCGCUCGAGGCGGCCGUGGACGCGGCGACGGCGUUCUCCGUCGCGAACGUCGGCGUGUCGCGCGAGAGCCACGAGGCGGCCUUCGCGUCGAAGAUCGGCGCCACGAAGCGCCUCGAGGCGCUCGAGACGCUCCUGGAACGGACCCUGCUUCGCGCCGCGGAGCUCAAGGCGCAGCGCGCGACGACGGCGGACGCGGCCUGGCGCGAGCGGCUCGCGGUGCUCUGGAGCCAGCGCUGCCGCCUCGUCGAGGCCCACGACGGCUGCAAGGCGAGCUUCCGCGACCUGGGGGACCUGAUCUUCGCCAAGGCGCGGGGGGACGAGCGGCCGCCGCCUCUCGUGUACACGGACGCGCACGAGCGGCUCGUCGACCGAAACCGCCGCUUGAGAGAGUGCGCGGCGGGAUUGCAGGAGCUCGACCGCGCCGCGCGGGCCCUCAUGGCGGACACGGGCAGCGCCGGCCCGGAGAUCCGUAGCGACCGUUUGAGUUUGGACGACGCUCUGAAGCGCGCGUUCGACGGGACCGGCCCGCCGCGGCGUCCCGGCGACGAGACGGCCGCGGGGCUCGUGCGGCGCAUCCGCGAGAAGCUCGCGCGGCGCGGCGGCGGGGCGACGGCGCGGGGGCCGGCGCCCGCGCGCGAGCGGCCCGCGCCGUCGCCGGGGCCGACGCCCCGGCGGAAAGACGAGCUGAGAGCCUCGGCGGCGGCCGAAGCCGCGGACGCGGACCUGGCGUCGUCCGCCGCCCGCGGCGCGGUCCGGGCCCUGCGGGUCGCGCGCCUCGACGCCCUCAACGCCGCCGUCGACGCCGCGGGCGGCCACCGCGGCGUCCGCGGCGUCCUGGACGCGCUCGAGGGCCGGCUCCGGGGCGGCGGCGAGCCGCCGGCCUGGGAGGCCUGGGCCGCCGCGGCGCCGCCCCUCGACGCCUUCGCCCUGCGCGCGCUGGGCGGCGGCGACGACGACGUCGUCCUCGCCCUCGGCGGGCCGUCGUCGGCGAAAGCCUUCGCGGAAUUGGAGGCCGCGGCGUCGCCGCACGGCGUCGCGCGCGCGGUCGCCGCGGACGCGCUCGAGCGGCUCCUGCGCGCCGUCGAGGGCCGCGCGGUCCGCCCCGCGGCGCCCGCGCCGGCGCCCGUCGUCGCCGAGGCGCCCGCGCCGCCGGAGUGGGGGAAGACGCCGACGGCGCGCCGCGUGUCCGAGGCGCCCGCGCCCGCGCCCUUCUUCGACGGCCCCGUCGUCGAGGCGCCGGCGCCGGCCGCCGCGGUGAUGGCGCCGGCCGCCGUGGACCUGGACUCGUCCCUCGCGGAGCGGCUCGCGCGCGGCGCGGUCGCGCUCGGCGCGUCGCCCGCCGCGGCGGCCGCCGCGCGCGCGGCCGCGGUCCGCGCGGGCGCCGCGCCCCUCGGCGCCGCGGCGGCCGCCGCGGCGAUCUUCCUCGCGCGCGCGCGGGACCGCGACGCGGCCUUCCGGGCCGCGCGGCGCGCGGCGGGCGACGACUCGGACGACGACGCCGCCGUGCUCGCGCGGGCGUCGGCCGGCGCCGCGCCCGCGCCCGCGGCCCCGGUCGUCGAGGCCGAGGCCGAGCCGCGGGCCUACGACCGGCGCCUGCCCCGCGAGCUGCGGCCCGCGGCGGGCCUCGGCGACGCCGACGCCGCGGGCGCCGCGCUCGACGCGCUCGACAGCACGACGGCCUGCGCGGUCCUCGACGGCCGCACGGGCCGCAGGGCCCUCGCCUGCGCCGCCGCCGUCGGCGACGUGGCCCUCGUGCGGGCCCUGCGGCGCCGCGGCGCCCGCGACGGCGACCGCGACUUCCGCGGGCGGACGGCGCGCGAGUCCGCGCGGUCGACGCGCGUCGCCCGCGCGGUCCGGGGCUCGUCCGAGGGCGCGCCGGCGCGCUUCGACGCGCGGGCGAGCGGCGAGCGCAAGGCCGUGCUGCGGCGCGUCGACUGGGACGUCGACGUCCUCGGCGCCGGCGGCGCCGUCGAAGCCGCGCGCGCCGCGGCCUACGACCUCCGGCACCGCGUCCUGCGCCUCGACGGCGGCGGGUCGGCGCCCGUCGAGGCCGUCGCCGCCUUCCGCGCCUGCCGCGACGGCCGCGACGUCUACGACGGCCUCGCGGCCGCGCGGCUCGGGACCCUCGCGCGGUUCGCGCUCGGCGAGCUGCUCGACGAAGUCGCGGACGAGGCCGUGCGGGGCUUCGAGGACGCGGGCAGGGCCCAGGAGCGGGCGCGGCGGGACGGGGAGCUGGAGGCCAUGCGCGCCGCGGAGGCCGAGCAGCGCGGCGUCGCGCGCGCGCGUUCGCUCGAGGCCGCGCGCGACCGCGACGCGGCCGCCGCGGCCGCCGCGGCCUCCUCGGCGCUGGCGGCGGAGGCCGACCGGCGGCGCCUCGAAGCGCCGGCGCCGGCGCCCGCCGCUAUGGAGGCCGUGGAGGCCCCGGCGCCCGCCGCCGUCGCCGAGGCGCCCGCGGCGCCGGCGUUCGAACUCGCGGCCGAGGAGCCCGCGCCCGCGCGCGAGGCCCCCGAGGCGCCGCCCGCGCCGGCGCCCGAGGCGGCCGAGGCGCCGGACCCCGAGCUCGAGCAGCUCGAGCGCGACGUCGAGGCCCUCCUCGACGAGCGCUUCGCCGCGCGGGAGGCGGCCGUCUUCGCGCUCUUCGAGGCCCGCGGCGUCCCGGGCGACUACGAGCGCGCGGGCCCCGACGAGGGCCGCGAGAAAAGCGAGCGGAAGCGCGCCAAGGCGCGCAAGCGGCGCCUCCGGCGCAACAGGGCCCACGUCGCGGGCCUCGCGUCGCCGCGGCUCGCGGCCGUCCCCGAGGCGCCCGCGGAGGCGCGGAUCCCGGAGGCGGCGCCCGACGACCUCGUCCCGGCCGCGCCGGCGCCGGCGCCCGCGGGCGGCCCGGCCGCGGCGCCAUACGUCGCGCCGUCGGCGUCGGCGCUCCUCGCGUCCGACGCGACGCGGGAUCGCUUCAAGCGGUUCCUCGGUACCCCUGCCCUCCGCGACGCGGGGCUCUGCCUCGACGCGAUCGCCGAGUACCGGCGGCGCCACGUCGAUUCGACGCCGGAGCAGACGCGCGUCUUCGCCGCCGACCUCCUGGACGCGUUCCUGGGGCCGGCGUCGACGACGGCCGUCGACGUGGGGCCGGCCGCGGCCGCGGCCGCGCGCGCCGCGGCCGCCGGCGCCGCGCUCGACGCGUCCGCCUUCGACGGCCUCGAGCGCGACGUCGACGCCCUCCUCGCGGCGAGCGUCGAGGCCUUCCGCCUCGAGAAGCCCGUCGUCGUCGAGGGCCGCGCGCCGCCGCGGCCCGACGCCGCGGCGCCGGAGCCGACGCCGAGCCGCGGCCGGCGCGCGGUCCGCUACGUUCGGGACAUGCUCCGGUCCCUGUCGCCGAGAAAGAAGCGGCCCGCCGAGGGGGGGAUGGACGCGGCGAGCGCCGACGCGACGGCCGCGGCGCCGGCGGCCGCACCGUCGACGCCGACGCGGAGGCCGGCGCGGGGAGCCGACGAGUCCGCGCUGAAGCGCCUCUUCCGGUCCCUGUCGCCGUCGGCGCCGCGCCUCUGGUCCCGGUCGCCGGCGCGGUCCCCGAGGAGGUCCCCGCCGCCGCGCGCGCGGUCGCCGGCGCGGUUCUCGCUCGGCCGCCUCCUCCCGCGCUGGGGCCGCCGCUCGCGGUCGCCCGACGCCCACGCGGUGCCCAGCACCCCGGAGCCGCCUUCACAGCCGCCUCAGGCGACGACGUAA